CGCGGCGCUGCCCAGCGACGGGGCUGGCCCGAAGCUGCUCCGUGAGGAGCGGCGGCUCUUUCCCCGCCCCGGCGGGCCCUGCACGGCGUCAGUGAGCGCCCGGCGGGGCGGUCGCGCCCCUCCCUCUCUUCUUCAUUCCCUCCCUCCCUCCUUCCCUUUCUCCGCCCGCCGUGAGGGCGGGAGGGAAGUGGCAGCCCCGAGCGGGAGACGAGGGAGGCGGCGCGCCGGGAGCCAUGCGGGAGUACAAGGUGGUGGUGCUGGGCUCGGGCGGCGUGGGCAAGUCCGCCCUUACCGUCCAGUUCGUGACGGGUUCCUUCAUCGAGAAGUAUGACCCCACCAUUGAGGACUUCUACCGCAAGGAGAUCGAGGUGGACUCCUCGCCGUCAGUGCUGGAGAUCCUGGACACGGCGGGCACUGAGCAGUUCGCCUCCAUGCGGGACCUCUACAUCAAGAACGGGCAGGGCUUCAUCCUGGUAUACAGUCUGGUGAACCAGCAAAGCUUCCAGGACAUCAAGCCCAUGCGGGACCAAAUCAUCCGAGUGAAGAGGUACGAGAGGGUGCCCAUGAUCCUGGUGGGCAACAAGGUGGACCUGGAGGGCGAGCGGGAGGUCUCGUUCGGGGAGGGCAAAGCCCUGGCCGAGGAGUGGAGCUGCCCCUUCAUGGAAACCUCGGCCAAAAACAAAGCCUCGGUGGACGAGCUCUUCGCGGAGAUCGUCAGGCAGAUGAACUACGCCUCGCAGCCCAACGGGGACGAGCAGUGCUGCUCCUCCUGCGCCAUCCUCUGAGGGCGGCGGCGGGCCGGGGCUCGGCGGGAGCGGAGCGGCAGCGGGAGCGGCCCCGCGGGCGGGCGCGCUGCCCUCGGCGGCCGCCGACACCGAAGGCACUCAAAACAUAAACAAAAAAACCCGAAAAAAAAUCGUGUUGGAAAUGUGGCUUUUUUCGGCAUGUACAUUUCGUCCAGUCCUGGUCGUGGCAUAUCUCCCGUCGGUGUCUCCGCGGCGUGCUGCCCCGCGCUGUGACACCGGGAGGUCGACGCCGGCGAGGAGCUGCCCCGGCCCGCGUGGGGAGCGGGACCAGUGCGGAUCCCCCUUUCCCUGCCCCGCCGGUGCGAGGAUCGCUAUGCAAAGUUGCAAAGUCGGGGAUUGUGCCGGGGCGCCUGGCCCGGGACGUUGCACGUCUGACCCGGGACGAACUCGCACCCUGCUGCAGCCCGGCGCGGGGUGCUGGGGAGCGCCUGCGACGAGCCGUGGGAUACCUUCCUAUUCUGUUUACCUGCUGUAUCGGAUGGGAGUUUGCAGGAGAGUGGUAGCGUGUUGGGUUUUCCCUGGGUUUUGUUUUGUUUUUUAAAAUCAGCUGUGAAAAUGUUACAACUCUGCACAAUUUUUUAGGUGUGCGUGUGUGUGUGAUUUCGUUUUCAUUUUAAUUUUUCUUUUGGUGGGUGGGAGCGGUGUUUUUUGUGUUUUUUCUUCCAAGGGUUUUUCUUUUUAGGUUGGCAAUAACUGAUUUUGAUGACUAGCUCUCUAAAGUGCAAAGACUUCCUAUAUGUGAUGCAGGGCCAACAGCAGCCCUGUGUCUGUAGAGUGCCUUCAAAACUCAGCUGUUCCAGCCGGUGCCAACCUGUGAAAGCUCCACAGAAUCCCAUUAUCUGCUACUUCAAAAACUACUUAACAGUUUCCUUGCAGUAAUCAUACCGAACAAACCAGGACAAAAGGGCCUAUUGUCAGUGGAAUUUAUUUCUUAUUUCCAUCUGAGCCUUUUAACUGUUAUUUCCAUGUCUUGCAAGUUCGGGCUUCAUUUACUUCAAAUUUACAAGAAUUUAGCCUUUUGGUUUUUUUUGGGGGGAGGAGGGCUUUUUUUUGUUUUCCUUCCCCCCCCCCCCCUUUGGUUUUGUUGUGGAAUGUACCUCCAGCCAGCAAAGAAGGAAAUCUUAUCAUUGUGAUGUACCAAGAAAAUUCUAACAACUGUCAUUUUAAUUCAAGACAUGCAUUCAAGAGAUGUCUAUCCAUUUUAAGAAUUUUAAUACAGAUGCUGUUUUUUAGAAAACAAAUUUGUGCGCUUUUAUGUAUUACAUGAAACACUAACUUUCACAUAGCCUGUUAAUCCUGGUUUAUAUCUUAAUAGAAGUGAAAGGGAGGGGGGCUCAAUUAGCUAAGGACGGUGUUUAAAAAGAAAAGACCACAAAAGACCACAAGAUUGCUAUUUUACAUAAUAUUACAGUUUUUCAUUUGUGUUUGUGUCCUGACCCUAUGUGAUGGCAGCAUAUGAAUGGAAAGCUGUAUUCAGUAGGCAGCUUUAGGAAGACAACAGAUUCUUCAUGUUUCCUAGUGUCUCCUCUUUCUCUACUGCCUGUGUUGUGACUGAAGAAUAAUGCAGAAAUGGGUAUUUGUGGCACACAGCAGCACAUAAAGUCCAGUUUUUCUCAGCCUAGCAGAGCAGCUGAAGCCAGCCUAGUAAAUACCAGGUUAUGCUAGGCUUUUCUGUAGAUACAUUCUAUUUCUUGCCAAAAAGUUGUGUUCAUUAAACAGUGAAGCAUUUAAGAAACCAUGGCAUGGGUCUAAUCAGAGUUUUGAAUGUAUUUAGGUGUUCAAUGUUCUCUAUGACUUGGUGAGGACAGUACAAAAAGUAAAGCUCAGUAGUCUGAUCUUCCAAAUACUCUGAAGUGUUUUGGUGCUUGUUAAACAUAGGCCUUGUCUAUAAAGUAGAAAAAAAGUAAUACUGCUUUAACUUGACCGAAUAAUGAAAGCUAUAUUAGCUUCUACACUUGAGGAAAAUGUUGUAUCAAUAUGAAGGUACUCUUUUAUUCCUUUUCCCUGUGGGAAUAUGUUAUAUCCGUGCCAAUACAAAGGUGGUAUAUAGCUCUUUUCAAAGUGAGAAUUGCAAAUAUUUAAUUGAUUUGUAAGAAAAAAUACAUUCCCAGGCAAAAUACUUCCUGACAGUGCAGAGAAUGUAUAAACAAGGCCUUAGUUUAAGGCUGGUCUUACGGCCGCAUUUUUUGCUGUACAUAAUGAUUGUAUUUUUUAAAAUCCAAGCUUGUUCUAUUGCAAGAAAGUGUGUCUUUGAAAUCCUAGUCCCUGUGAUUGUAACUGUGCAGUAUUCUUGACCUCAUUUUCAAUACAAAUGUGGUUCUUCUCAACAUGAUGCUCAGGCUUUAUUGAUGUUUAUGGUUCUGGAGAUGUUGAAUUAUGUGGCUGUGGGAUUCCUGAUGGUUCUGCUUCUCUCAAAAGAAUGUACAGCAAGUUUUUGGGGCAUUUUAAAUAAAGGGCAGCUGGCUCUUUAUAACUUCUUCAUUUGGAUACUCAUUGCGCACAGGUGUUGUACCAAAUUCCCUCAGGAGUGACAAAAUGCAGAAACUUCCAUGUUCUUUAAGAAUUUUCUACAAAAAGCAGUGGCAUGUGUGUUCUUCUCCCAUUCAAAUCAAUGGGCAACUCCAAUGACUGUAAAUGGAAAAUGGUUCAAACUCUCUUGUUAGAAGCUGUCUUGCUCUCCAGUGCAAAUGAACUGAUUUUGCAUGAGCAUUUGGCUCAAAUUGCAGCAUCAAGUAAAGGAAGAAGAUCGUGAGAGGGGCUGGGGACGCAAGAAAGAAUGCCAUCAGUUACAAAUAUGUGGAUUUUUUUCCCUCUUAAGACAAACCUACAUACUGAAAGCAAGCUUUUGAAUACUAAGUGACUAGCAGAAGUCUUGGUUUAACCAAGCCUUAUGCUUAAAUCAGAAAAGAUACUUAGAAGCCCUUUAGAGUUGGAAGUAUGGUACUUGAAUGGUUUUAGAGAAUUAUCUUUGUAAAUUUUCACCAACCUUGGUUUGUUUAAAUAUUCUAAGAAUGAUUUAUUGUUGUGAUAGUUAUCACUAGAUAGAGGAUGUGUUUAAAUAUAAUUUCAUAUUUAUAUUAGCUUAGUACUGUAAGUAUCUCCAUGUUGUAGGGAUUGAUAGACAUGGUAGGCAUUAAGUGAAGGUCUGUUUACUUACUGAAGGUAAAGAAUCAAAAGAUCCAGGAUUCUGCUUUCAAAAAUUAUGAUGAAAACAAGAAUGCUUAACGUGAUUUUCUGAGUUUACAGAUGACUUCUUGUUGCUCAAAGUAAUAGCAUUUAGAUGGGAGAUGAUUGUCUCUUCUCUUCACUGCUGUGUAACUAGCUGUGCCGUUGCAUAUUCUGCCUGUAGUGAGAAGAAAAACCUGUGUGACCCUUCUGCUGCCAUGAGGGCAUGAUUGGGCUGGCUUCAUGACUUUGUUGCUCACUUGGAGCUCUGGCAUUCUUCCUCUUGUAGACUACGGGGGGGGGGGGGGGGGGGGAGGAGUUCUGAUGAUGCAAUGAUAAUGAAGUGAUUGCUUAUCAGACCCCUGGGAUGGAAGGCUGGCUCUCUCAGUUGACCUUACAGCAUGCUCCUGUGGCUAACAUACAGCACCCUCAGCAGAUGACAGUUUGGCAUGUUGAGAAAGAGCUAUACACAUGCAUUGUGCCCACUCUUGCUUGUCCAGAAAGGUAGUUUGAAAGGUAAGUAUUCUGCAGAUAUCUUUAAAAUACUUUCUGUAGAUCCAUAAAACAGAUACAUUUUAGAGGUCGAAACAGUGAAUCUUUUUGUGUUUCUUAAAAAAUAUGUAAUGUCACUUCCGUUUAAGUUCGUCUACUGGACCUUAGUUUCUUCCCCUUGCACAGUACCCCUAAUACAGCAACAAAACCUGCUUCUUCAGCUUCUUGUGAGUGAUCAGAAACUAAAUGCAUGUUCAGUAUUUUCCGCAUGUGUAACAACUGUAAGUUUGGGGUGUUAUUGUACAUACCUGUCCAUGACGGUGUAUUAAACGAUGUACCUCUUCUGCAUUUUUAUGAGACUAAUAUAAGGGAUUAAGAAGUAGCAGCAUAGGGCUGGCAAAAUACUGGUUAGGUAGGGCAGGAAUCUGCAGUGGAGCACUAUGUUUGGGGUUAUGGGGUGAGACUGGAAGUAGGACACACGUUCCUAGAUUUUCUAAGCAGCAGAUGUGAUUUGCAUGGAAGGGUAGGAAGCAGGAUGUCUUGCUGAGGGCAGGAGGAGUUCAGGAGAAGAUGGGUUGAAUUUUUUUUGUUUCAGGUACAAAGAACAUUGUUUUGUGCAUAUAUGUUGUGGAUUUAGGUUUGGGUUUUUUUUUUUGUCCCCUUUAUGGUGCUAAGCAGAUUUGAAAGUGCAAAGAAAGCUUGUGCAAUGUGUGUGUUAUCCACCAAGGAUGAUUUAGAUGUUCUGUGUUUAUAUUGAGUUUGAUAGAUUCCCUACACCACUAAUUGCCAAAAAUCUCUUUUAAACUAUGUGGAAAUUUAUAAUGAUAUGGUUACAACGUGACUCAAUGUAGUUGGGAGCCUUAUGUAUUUAAGAAUGAGAUUAGUGAUAACUUCAUUCCUUGAAUGAACUACUAUAAUAUUACAUACCUCAAUUUAGUAUAGUGAGUUUGCUGCCAAGUUCAGUCGAUGAUUAACAAAGUUAACAUGAAAGCACGCUAACAAAGUAAUUGAGCAAUUAAGAGAUCUUGAUUUCUCUUCUUUUUGGAAUACCCUGCCGUGUUCCAGGUUGGCUAUUUUCUGCUGGGUUUCUUGUUUCAAAUGUUGUGUUUGCUUUAGUGUGGGAUUUGGUUUCUCUUUUGAUGAUGAAUCUUUAAUUUUUUGCCUUUAAUUAAUGGAAAAAAUAGAGAGGAGAUUCACAUUUGAAUUGCUGUAUAGCACAAGCUGCCUGGAUUCCAAAAAUACAUGGCAUGCACUCACAUAUUUUUGCAAUAAGAAGAAGUUUAAGGAGAACACUAUGUCUAAGGUAUUUCCAAGGCCUGGACUUAGCAGAGAAACAGCUUGAAAAAGCUUAUUACCAAAGAACUAGGUCAGCGUGGAAGUGAAUUGGAGUGUUCACAGAUACUUACAGCAUUACUAUACUUCGACCUCUGUAGUGAGAGUGAAACUUACAGAUUUAUGAACAUAAAUAUCUAUGCAUAUAUACAAAGUUGUACAUGGUAUCCUCAAUUUGGGAAACAGCCACAUUUUUCUACUCUUAGCACAAAAAAUGAGAAAUUGAGUGCUUACACUCACCGAGUAUCAGACCAGUAGUGUAGAAACUUAGGUAUUUAUUUAGCCAACUAUGAGCACCUAAAAAGAGUUUUCUUGAUUAUUUUCAAGCAUUUUUGACCUGGCACAAAUUAAUUUUCAGCAUUGCUAAACCAGAAAAUCACUGUGGUUUUUAAAUGUGUGCAGCCUUUUACCAGCUAUAGGGAUAGCAACCUGUCAAACUUGUCUGAAUUGUUUGUGGUCAGUGCUGUCUCUGAAUAAAACUUCUACCUUGUGUCUUUCCUCUGUAUUUCUUGUGCUAAGGAGAUGAAAACCAAACCUGUCAACUGAACCACUGAGAAGUUCAAGGAUAGGUAUUCUUGGAUUCUUUAUGGACUUUAUGAUAGAUUGGAAUUGCUCAAUGUGCAUUGUUGCAGCUUGUUUCAGGUGUUUGUGAGACACUGACAUUCUCCAUCAUCACUCAGGGUUUUCCAGUGCUUAGAGUAGUUAACAGAAAUUAAUUGAUGGGUAACUGGAGUUCAUUUGGCAAGUGUGUUUGUGCAUACUAACACAAAGACAUAAACUGUAUUAUUCCAGGAUGUAAACAAACGCUAAACAAAUGUGUUUGGUAUCCUAGUUGCUUGCAAUAGAUUUUUUUAAUAUAGCUUUAUAACCGAAGCUGCAUUUGUAUAAUGACUUCCGCUGAUAUGAACCUGAAGUCAACUUGUUUUCUGAUUCUGUAAAUGUAUGUAUGCUGAAUUGCUUGUUCUUUUGUAACCCUAUUGAAAUCAGAGCCUUAUUUAAGCAAAUGAGAGCACAAUUUAACCCUAGUCUGCAUUUUAAAUAUUUCACAUGCACCUAUAGUGUGAUCUUUGUCCUUUUUAAAAGUUAUGAUUUCAUUUAAAAAACAACAACGAUGAAAGAAAAACAACAACAAAAAGCCUUCCCCUGCACCUUUAGUUGGAUUUUUCAGAUGGAAAAAAAAAAGGCAUAGUUAAGGUAGAAAACUAGAAAGAGAGGCACCUUCUGUUCUUUUCAGAGAUGAGUCCUGCCUUGUGCGUGCUCUCCUGUGCAAAAAGCAGUCCCCUGCAAUGCUCUUUCCAUAUGGCUACGUAGUUUUCUAGGACCCAGUCAGACUCUCCUGUUUCGGAUGCUCGUAGGGCUGGUCAGAACAUGUCUUGGUCACGUGGAGGGGUUAUCUGCUUUGUGCCUGCUGGUAAAUGAUUCCCGUCUACUGGGUGAUUACUCCACAGUAGUUCACCAGGCACUUGACAGAGCAGGGAUGUCUGUUGCCUUGAUCCUUUUGUGUGCCCUGAAUCAGGCAUACUGCAACGCCUUAUGGUGCCCCAUGGGAUGGGCAGCUUUGCAGCUGAAGCAGUUGUGGUAAAUGUUCAUGAUCCCUCUAAGCAAGUACUAAGGUUGCAUCCAAAGCACUCUUCUCUGCAGCUGCUCGGUGCUGUAUCAAAAGAGCAUAAGUUAGAUGAAGCCAUCACUUAUUUUUUUUAUUUUACAGCAGAUGCCAAGAGCUACAUAAGCCCUUGAACUAUGUCAGAACUGGAGGGAGAACAAAGGUGCCCUGAGCUUGCCUUUCCCUCCUGCCCUUGUCUUCCCUGUGUCCAGAAACUGACCUUUGUGAGCCUUGGAGUCUGUGGGUCACUGCAGGGGUGUAUGCUCCACAUACAUGAAAACAUACAUAUUCUAAAAUACAAUAAAAAAUGCAGUUCUGUACUUCAGGAAGCAAGACUUCUGCAUUGCUUUGGUGUAAGUACUGUACUGUACAAGCUUAGAAAAGAGAAGUAUUAGUCUUUUGGGUGGCCCCACCCUCCACUCUCUGAAGGAAAAUGGAAAUAUUUCUCUCUCAAACCCAAAGGUUAGAUGUAGAACACAUGAUUUGAGGAAGCUCGAAAUUGAACCAAUUUUAAACUUACAAUUUUUAUUCACUUGAAACUGGGUCAAUUUCAAAUCAAUCUUUCGGAAAGAUUAAAUACACUUA